AGGACGUGCACCAGACCAUGAGGAACACGAGCAAGGAGGUGCAGAGUACCUCUCACCGCUACGCUCCCUGCGAUUGGUACUACCACCUACCUGUGAAGCGCUCUGAGAAGGCUGUGGGUGCCCCACCCGCAUCCCAGAUCCCAGGGCUCAGUGACUUGGGAGACACCCCAAAUGGAAACAUGCCCCGUGCUCGGAGAUACUGGAUAAAAGAAACAGACUCAGAGUAUGUGAAACUGGCCAAGCAAGGCGGCAGACCUGAUUUGCUGAAGCACUUUGCCCCUGGGACCAGAAAGGGCUCCCCAGUAGCCUACUCCCUGCCAGACUGGUAUAUUCACCACAGCAAGCCUCCGACAGCCCACCAGCGACAAGUCCCCGUGGUCUCCAUGCCAGAUUACAUGGUGUAUGAGGAAUUCAACCCUGGUCAGGCCAAUGGCAGCUAUGAGUCCAGACGAGGCCCCUUUGACUUUGACAUGAAAACCGUCUGGCAAAGAGAGGCCGAGGAACUUGAAGACGUGAAGAGAAAGGUGAAACUGCCAGCCAUUAAUUCCAAAAAUCCCAGCAAAGUGGGGACCCCAGUUAGCCACAAAGACCCUGAAGGGAGCAGGCUGUCAUUGCCUCCUAUGCCCGGUCACAAGAGCAGCUCUCCAACCAACUUUUCCAAACUCAUCAGCAACGGCUACAAGGACGAGUGGUUACAGCAGCAGAGAGCCGAGUCUGACAAGAGGACCCCGAAGACAUCCAGGGCAUCCUUAUCCACUCGGUCCACAAAGGACUCUGAAAGUACCGAGGACACAGAGACGCCCCAUGAUCCUGAGCCCACUGAAGAUUCCGAGAAAACUCCAGAUGCAGAAGGAUCCCCUUCAGAAUCGGCACCAGCAGAGCUCAAAUAAGCCUGGAUAUGUCUUCUAGGACAACCUCUUUAGUUGCUAUCUGUAGAGUGACAAUGGACAGCUAUAUUUGCAGACUCCUGUUCUAUUUUAUUAAUGUAAAGUCUUUUGAAGCAACUUGCCUUGGGUAGAGUUGAGAUAGCAAACAUGGGGGUAAGUGUGGGCUUUUGUUUCUCGCAUUUCUCAGGAUGGCCUUGCUGACCAGCUGAUUUCUGGGACCAGAGUCUUCCUGAAGCAGGCCUCUAGCAUCCUGACUGCCCCACAGUGUGGAGCACUGCUCUAAGACUUGAAAGGGAAGAGACUCACAAGUUACUGCCUUUUCCCUUAUUUGAUCCCAUAAUCUUUAUAGAAACAAUUUCCCGCUACACAGAAAUGACUAAUUUCAGAGCCGUGUGACAUAAUUUGCUGUAACAAUAUUUUAUUAUGCUUUGAAGUUUAA